AUGAAUGAUCAAGCUGAGAAACAAAUACAGUUGAUUAAAUUGAAAAGAAUUCAGGAGUUAAACAAUCGACUCAAGGAGACAUUGAAGAGAGAAAGAAUACCAGCGUCGAAAGCUUGUGCCUUGAUUAUUGCUUACGUUGAAGAGACUCCUGAUUAUCUAAUCCCCUACAAUUGGAAGUUACCCAUCGAUCAAAAUAAAUUUGCAAAAUACAAGUCAUUUAAACAAACACGUCAAGCUCAACAAAGUAUUGGAUGUUGUAUAAUUAUGUAA